AUGCAAAACGACGCCGGAGAAUAUGUUGAUAUGUAUAUUCCAAGAAAAUGUUCUGCUAGCAACAGAAUAAUUUCUGCCAAAGAUCAUGCCGCCAUUCAAAUCAACCUUGCUGAGGUUGAUGAGCAAACUGGAAGAAUGACUGGUCAGAACAAGACAUAUGCCAUAUGUGGAAACAUCAGGAGAAUGGGAGAAUCAGAUGAUUGCCUCAACUUCUUAUGUAAAAGAGAUUCGAUCCUGCCAAAGUAA